AUAACCAAAGCUAUAUAAAAACACUAUUCUCGAUCUUCCUCCCUCACAAUAAAACAACACAACACUUCUCCACAGCACAGCAGACAGAGAAAAAAACAAACAAAUCCAACAAUGGCUGAGACAAACACCUCCGAGGUUAUCGUCCUCCACGACAUCCCUCCGUACAUGAAAGUCUACUCCGACGGCCGCAUCGACCGCCUCGUCGCGACGGAGACCACGGCGGCCGGCCUCGACUCUCAGACCGGCGUCUUCUCCAAAGACAUCCUCAUCCUGCCGGAAACCGCCGUCUCCGCCCGCCUCUACCACCCCAACCCCGACAGCCCCAAAAAGCUCCCCCUCCUUAUCUACUUCCACGGCGGCGCUUUCUUGAUCGCCUCCGCCGCCGAGCCCAAGUACCACGCCAUGCUCAACCUUCUUGCAAAACAGGCCCAAAUCAUCGUCGUCUCCGUCGACUACCGCCUGGCCCCCGAAAACCCCCUCCCCGCCGCCUACGACGACUCCUGGGCCGCCCUGCAAUGGGCGGCGGGGGGCGGCGCCGGCGAGCCGUGGUUGACGGAAUUAGCAGACUUUGACAGAGUUUUUCUUGCAGGGGACAGCGCCGGAGCCAAUAUAUGCCAUCAAAUGGCGAUCAAGAAUCUGAGGUUGCAAGAAUUCAAGAUUUCCGGGUUUGUGAUGGUGCAUCCAUACUUUUGGGGGGAGGAUCCGAUCGGGGUCGAGGCCGAAAGUCCUGUGUUCAAAAGUGUGGUGGAUAAUUGGUGGAGAUUCGUCUGCCCUUCUGAUCUUGGCUGCGACGACCCGCUGAUAAAUCCUUUCGCCGGCGGCGAGGAUUUUCCGGCGUUGGCGAGAUCGUACGGAUUUCUUGUCUGUGUUGCAGGGAAUGAUAUAUUGAGGGAAAGAGGGAGGCUUUAUUAUAAGGCUUUGAUGGAAGAGAAGGGCAAAGCUGAGUACCUUGAGACUCCCGAAGAGGAUCAUGUUUUCCAUAUCUUCGAUCCUUCUUGUGAAAAUGCAAAGAAUCUCAUCAACAAAUGUGCUGAAUUCAUCAAUUCCAAGUAGGGAAAACUGAAUUUCUGUCUGGAAUUGAAUCGAAGUUCUUCCAUUCUGUGUUUAUCAAUUGUCCAAUUCUGUACAAGAAAACAGACAUUGUAUAUUGCAUAACUGAAUUCAAUUCCACCCGUUCUGUGUUUUGCCUUUUCAUAUCUGAGAAAUUUCUACGAGGGAUAGUGAAUUCAGAGCUCACAAAUUCAGGAAUCUUUUAAAGUCAACAAUUAU